CCACAUCCUGAAGCCCCAAACCCCUCCAUGAAGUCUGCCUCUCCCACCCACCUUCCUGGAGCCCUGUGGAAACCGGGGCUUCUGAGGGCUUGCAGAACAGAAGCGUCCAGCGGCCACUAGGGGGCCCUAGGGGACUUGCAGAAUGCCCAGUGGCCACUAGAGGCCAGCGUGCCACGAGCUUGGAGACCAGGCUGCGCUGGCUGGUCUCUGUUCCUGGAAUGGGCCAGGAGGAGGAGCAAGCGGAAGGAGGAAGGUGUGUCACCGGCCGACUGGCCCCCAGUCGACAAGUUUCCAGUGGCCAGCUUGGGCACACUGGCACAGGCUGCAGCAUGGCAGACCCAGCGCAGACCCAGGAGCUGGUGUACCUGGUCACAGGUGGCUGUGGCUUCCUUGGGGAGCACGUGGUGCAGAUGCUACUGCGGCGGGAACCCCGCCUCCGGGAGCUGCGGGUCUUUGACCUGCACCUGAGUCCCUGGCUGGAGAAGCUGGACGCAGGCCCCGUGCGGGUGACUGCCAUCCAGGGGGAUGUGACCCAGGCCCACGAGGUGGAAGCAGCUGUGGCUGGAGCCCAUGUGGUCAUCCACAUGGCCGGGCUGGUGGACGUGUUUGGACGAGCCAGCUCUGAGACCAUCCACAUGGUUAACGUGGAGGGCACGCGCAACGUCAUCGAAGCCUGCGUGCGCUGGGGAACACGGUUCCUGGUCUACACCAGUAGCAUGGAAGUGGUAGGACCCAACACAAAAGGGCACCCCUUCUACAGGGGCAACGAGGACACCCCAUAUGAGGCCGUCCAUGCGCAUCCCUAUCCCUGCAGCAAAGCUCUGGCAGAGCGGCUGGUUCUGGAGGCCAACGGGAGGGAGGUCCGAGGGGGGCUGCCUCUGGUGACGUGCGCCCUGCGCCCCACGGGCAUCUACGGUGAAGGCCACCAGAUCAUGAGGGACUUCUACCGCCAGGGCCUGCGCCUGGGGUCUAGGCUCUUCCGGGUGGUCCCGGCAUCUGUGGAGCACGGCCGGGUCUAUGUGGGCAACGUGGCGUGGAUGCAUGUGCUGGCGGCCCAGGAGCUGGAGCGCCGGGAGGGGCUGAUGGGCGGCCAGGUGUACUUCUGUUAUGACUCGUCCCCCUACAAGAGCUACGAAGACUUCAACAUGGAGUUCCUGGGCCCGUGCGGAGUGCGGCUGGUGGGCACGCGCCCCGUGGUGCCCUCUUGGUUGCUGGUGCUGCUGGCCGCCCUCAACGCCUUACUGCAGUGGCUGCUGCGGCCACUGCUGCUCUACGCGCCCCUGCUCAACCCGUACACGCUGGCCAUGGCAAAAACCACCUUCACAGUCAGUACCACCAAGGCCCAGCAGCACUUCGGCUACGAGCCCCUGUUCUCCUGGGAGGAGAGCCGCAGGCGCACCAUCCGCUGGGUGCAGGCCACAGAAGGCUGAGUCCGGGGAUGGUGGGGCAAGGGCAGGCUGGGGCCUGGUGUAUGGCCCGUGGCCCUGGAGAGGUAGGGAGGGGGUCCCAUUCCAAAGCUGCAGGUCGGGGCUCCAGAGCAGAAUGAGCUGUCCCAGGGAGCGCCUCCCGCCUCCCACCCCCUUUCAGUCUACAAAGGCUGCUGGGUUUGGGGGGCAGCAUCUUCACUCUCCACCCAAGCCCGAUGGGCCACAGUCUGACUCCACAGCCCCCGGGAGUGCUGACCUUUCUCAGGCAGGGAGUGAGCAGACGUUCCCUCAGGCCUGGCGGGGGCCUCGCAGCCUGGCAGCCACCACAGCCCUCAGGCCUGGGUUCAGAGGGAAGCUCCGUUUUCGGCCCUCUCAUCCCUUCCUCCCUCCCCAAGAGGGUCGGGCUCACCUGCCCAUUCGUCUGAGGAAGGAAUCGCCUCUCCCCACUGCUGAGCAAGCCCACAAGCCCUUCUUCCCACCUCAGCCCCCUGAUGGCCACCCGCCUGGCUCAGCUCCUGUCCUAGUGCCCAGCCCCAUCUCUCUGUUCCAGUCACCCUCUGGAUUAAAACUCUGCUUCCAA